UGGCUUGUGGAAAUAGAGAGGAUAGCGUUCUAGACUCCGCCUUGCGCGUUUAACGAAUUACUGCCUGGUCUUUAUUUUGCCGGAACAUUGUUCUGAAACAGACGUGAUUUAAUUACUAAAAGGUGUAUGAUUUUAAGUUAAAAUAUUUAGGACUUUUUCUUCAUUUAUCGUAAAAAAAUGGCUAGUGUUGUUGGAAAAUGGAAGAUAGAAAAAUCGGAAAACUUUGAAGAAUAUAUGAAAGCGAUUGGAGUGGGUGACGAUAAACGGGUGGACGCUCACAAGUAUCUGUCCGACGGUUCCGGAAUGACCCAGGAGUUCUCGGCGGACGGUGAUACGUGGACGAUGACGUCGUCAACCGUGAUGGGAGCCAAGUCGCUAACAUUUAAACUGGGAGAGGCCAUUGAUUCAGUCACGCUUGAUGGACGAAAUGUGAAGAUGACGUUUUCGGUUGACGGGGACAAACUCGUAGAGAAGCAGUCCGGAGAUGGUUUCGAAUGUCAGCACGUGCGGCAGGGGUCUGGAGACAAACUUACAAUGACUCUGACUGGAGGCGGACAGACAUGUAUACGGACAUUUGUGAAAUCGUGACCAAUUAAAGCCAUUCCUUAUCUUAAUUAUUUUGACGGCCUGCUUGUGUUUUAAAUACCUUAUUAUAAACAGUUCUAGGAAAAACAAUACCUGAUUCAACUUAACGUAGCAAUUAUAUAUAUAGCUGCCACAUGCAACGCAAUGCUUUUUAACUGAAAUUCAACGUGUCUGGUUGAUCAAACUACAAAGGCCUUACUUCAAUUAAUAUGUUACUUUUUAUACUGUGUUCAGUGUCUAAACUGUAUUGGUUAGCAUUGCUUCGUUAAGCAUUAUGUUGUAAUGUGAUUUAUAAUGUUGUACGCUAAAUAAAUAAAAUUACAAAAAUAG